CAAUUGCAUCUGCUUUUACCUUACUGUUAACAGCACCAUUCCUCUGGUCAAAAACAGGGGAGUAGAAAUAUUUGCGUCAACUGUUAUGCAAGUCUUUUCUGGCUUUCUCGUAACCUUUUUGUCAGAUUUUCCAAAGCCUUAUUCACAACAGCAGAGGUACAGCUGAAUUUCUUCUUUUUCAUAACCGGCGUCUGGGUUAAAUGGCUGCCAGAGAUCAUUUUCACUUUUUUCCACGCAUAGCUCUUCAAAAUUUUUCCACCAAAAGCCCUACUUAACUUGGACUUGAGCUGUUGCUUGCACACACUUUGCUGUGGUUGUUUAGCAGACAAAUAUCAGAAUGCACAAGAGGUAGUUCUUCAAAGUAGUUCUUCUGUAAAGCUGAUAUUUAGAGACUUCCCAGUUUUUGAACACCACACUCUUCGUACCUUCUGGCCCUCCACCCCACGCACACAAAGAGAGAGAGAGCUGCAGGAUCACCAUGUUUCCUCUCCGUAUACCCCUACUGGCCAUAUUGGUCAGUGUGGCACUGUGCCAGUAUUAUGACUAUGACUACCCGUCAUCUUCCAUGCUAGGACCCUCCGGGCCCAACUGUAAUCAAGAGUGUGACUGCCCAGUACAGUUCCCCAGUGCCAUGUAUUGUGACAACCGCAAGCUCAAGUUCGUUCCCUUCGUCCCAACUGGGAUCAAGUACUUGUACCUUCACAACAACCAAAUAACAGAGAUCAAAGCAGGUGUAUUUGACAAUGUUACUGAUACGCUUCGCUGGCUGAUUCUCGACCAUAACCAGAUUACCAAUGGGAAGAUAGAAAAGGGUACGAUUGACAAACUCACAGCCCUAGAGAAGCUCUUCUUCAGCUAUAACAACCUGACAGAACCAGUCGUCCCCCCCUCAAAGUCUCUCGAUGAGCUGAAGAUGAUGCACAACAAGAUAACCAAGUUCCCCGGCGGACUCUUGACUGACAAGGAGAAUUUGACCUCAGUCAAUGUUCAGCACAAUCAGCUAACAUCUGAUGCCGUAUCAGGGGCAUUCAAAGGGCCAAAGAAGCUGCUUUCCUUGGACGUGAGCCACAACAAGCUGAAGAAGCUUCCAGCUGGCGUUCCAAAUUCCCUGGAAAUCCUGUACGCUGACUUCAACGAUAUUGAUUCCGUCGGGGCGGGAUACCUGAACAAGCUGCCAGCUUUGAAGUACCUGAGGAUCUCCAAUAACAAGCUGGUUGACUCCGGAAUCCCUGCUGGAGUAUUCAACGUGACGUCACUGGUGGAGUUGGACCUGUCGUUCAACAAACUGCAGUCCAUCCCUGAGAUCAACGAGCAGUUGGAGCAACUCUACCUCCAGGCCAACGAGAUCAACAAGUUCAGUCUGGAAAGUUUCUGCAAGUUCGUUGGACCCCUCAACUAUUCCCACCUGAAGCAUCUGCGUCUGGACGGCAACAACAUCACACACAGCGCAAUGCCUCCUGAAUACCCCAACUGCCUGCGCACAGCUUCAGAUAUCAUGUUUGAAUAAGGAACUCCCUUACUUCUGCAACCUUUUCCACGGCCCCCUUUGUCUAUUACUGUGGCACAGCUCAGCACACUGCCUUCUGGAUUUCAAUUUCAUAGUACCCCACCUUUAUAGUGGUAACAUUCCUUUGCACAUACAUAAAACUGGGGUACUAUGAUGGCACAUUUAUCAAUUACAAACAUGUCUUAAAGGCAGCGCUGUGUAACUUCAAUGUAAAUUUAUUGGAUAACAAUUAGGCAAAUAUUAUUGGAAUUUUUAAUUCAACAAGUGGCAAAUAAGUAUGAAUGAAAGUUCCCAUUGUUUAUAGGAACAUAAUGGAAAAAUCAUUUAAAAAAUAACAAAAUAAAAAUGUUGAAUGAAAAUGUAUGCAUAUACAUUUGCUAAAAACACACACUUAAACAUUCCAAACUUGCAUUAAUGUACAUUGAAUACAGACACAAUGGAGUAAACAAAGGCUUCAAUGUCUUUAUUCAAUUGUGGUGUUAUGUCGUUGUCUGUCUUAUAUGUUCCAAUGUUUUGCAAAUUAUGUGGGUACAGUUAUGAAUCCAUUGCUGUGCAAGGGACCAGCAAAGAAUGACUGCAUAUUCAGAUUUUAGUGUGUAAUAUCUUGCGUGAGAAAUUUUAACAAGUGUAAAAAAAAAAAAAAAAAAAAAAGCAGUUACAGAGAGGUCUUAUUUUGACAACUUGACUAAAUGAAAAGUGUCAAAGGAAAAUACCAAUGUUAUUCAUGUUCUUAAUUUUCUUCAUUGCAUUUAGACUGAUGCAAGCAUUACAUCCCACUGACUGGCUUUCUUAGCCUAACCCUAACCUCUGAGCCUAGCCCUAACCAUAAAAGUGUGUUUUUUCCCAGCUAAAAGACAGAAAAUCUUUGGAAUCCUUGAAAUAAAUGACACAUGGCUAAAAGCAUUGGUAUUACCAUUGAAAUUACUUCACUGAGAAACCUGGAGUAGAUAUGAUUAUAUUUUCUUGAGUCAAAUUGUCUCUACCUAAUUCUGCUUUUCUGAUUUGUAUACAACACCUACAUAACUUUCUUGCAUGCAAUCAAUGGUACCAUUCUUAAAUAAUAAACUACAGCUUUUGCAGUUAAGGUGCUCUCAUUGUUACGUUGUUGUUCACCAUGUUUGACACAUGAUUUUUACAGAAAAAAAAAUCUACUUGGCAGAAAAGUCAAUUAUGUUAAGAGAAUAUCACAUUUUGUUUUGAUCAUUUUUCAUUUAUUGGUGAUUUUAUGUGGCCUUUGACUCAGUAACUGCUCUGUGAGGAAAACAAACACAGUUGAAUAAACAUUAUUUCCAACAUGUUUGUAUGAUAGUGCUUUUUAAGCUCUUUGAAGGUCAUAUCUGGGAUGUAUUAAAAUAAAUGGAAAAGCCAGGAUUACA